AUGUGGGUUCUACCCAAAAAGGAGGAUUGUCGUUGUGGUAUAAUUCGUAUCGCUAUAUAUUUACAUCGCUAUAUAUUUACAUCCUAUCGCUAUAUAUUUACAUCCUGGCGCUGCUCCGAUCGGCCUUGUUCAGCAAAAGUUAGUGUGCUUUCUAUUGAGGGGGAUCAUGCUCGAGGUAUUAUUAUGGGUGAGCAUGAUCAUGUUGGAGAUCCGGUCGGGCUUGAGGUCGAGAAGAGACGUAAGGUUUUCAAUGAACGAAUACGAGCAAAUCCAACAGUGAAGACUAGGAAUUUAGCCGAAGAGCUACGCAAAGGGACAUCUGAAGAUACGGAAUUGUUAGUUAGAUUUGGGACGGAUAACGCUGUUCAACAACGAGCAGCAAGAUUGCGCAAAAAAGCAAUUGGAUGUGUUACUAAAAGACAGUUGGAAAUGGGAACACCCACAAGUUUUAAGAAAAAGAAUAGUGAAUGCGAAAAGGAUGAUUCAAGGCUUUUCGAUUUUGCUCAGUCUUUGUAUAAAAAAUGGGAAGAAAUGGGACUUGUACAAUUAUGGAACAAUGGAGGAAUUGAAGGGAAAUCGGCACGGGAAUGUUUUCGGUCAGCUUUGAAAGUUAAUCGUCGUUUAAAUUAUUUUCAAGUUGUCUACUUGCUUUAA